ACCUUUCAUUAGCUUUUAGACUAUCAGUAGGACCAAUUAUGUCUUAAAAACUGUUUUUAAAGGUAUACUCUUUCCAUGUUUCCAGAGGGAUACAUAGGGAUACAUACCCAACCAACCUAAACUUUAUUACCUUUACUUCUGAGGCUGUAUGCAUACUCUAACUGUACAGUAUAUUGAACUACUAAUAUUCAGUGUUAUCAGAUUUUAGGGGUUACAUAAUUGAUGCCACGUUUGAUAAAACAAAGAAGGUAAUACGUUUUUUUGAGGUAACUAAUAGAAUGAUGAAGAGACAGUAAGCGUGAGAGAGAGCAAGUGCAUGAGUGAAAGAGAAUCAGAGUGAGAUUCUCUUGAGAGUGAGAGUUCAAGACUAUCUGCCUGCUGGCUGAAUGUGCACCUCCUUUUCGUUUGGCCACAGUCUCCUCCUCUUUCCCCCAGAUAUAGUGAAGGUUUUCAGCAGCAGUGGAGUCAAUCAGGCCUGGAGCUUUAAGGAGAACACACUGACAGAUAUUCUGCCCUCAUACACACACACACACACACACACACACACACACACACACAUAUGCACACACACUCACAAGCAUGGAGUACUACUGCACUCUGCUGCUUUGGACUCUGUGCCUAUGGCCAGGACUCCAUGACUGUUUCAACAUAGACACAAAGAGCCAUAGAGUCAUAAAGGGCCCAAAGCAGGUGCAGUUCGGUUUCACCGUUCAGCAACAUACAGCUGGUGGACAGAAAUGGUUGUUGGUUGGCGCUCCGUUGGAAACGAAUGGCCAGCACCAGACAGGUGAUGUGUAUAAAUGUUCGUUAAGUAGAAGAACCCCAGGCCCCAGCUGCACAAAGCUCAAUUUAGGGAAGAUAUCUUUGACGAAUGUCUCUGAACGUAAAGAGAAAAUGAGACUAGGGAUGACGCUUACCUCCAACCCUAAAGACAACAGCUUUGUGGCAUGUGGUCCUCUCUGGUCGUAUGAAUGUGGUAGCUCCUACUACAGCACAGGAAUCUGCUCCAGGGUCAAUGCCAGCUUUAAAUUCUCACGCACCAUCGCUCCAGCUUUCCAAAGGUGUGAGACUUACAUGGAUAUAGUUAUUGUUCUGGAUGGAUCUAAUUCCAUUUAUCCAUGGUAUGAAGUGCAAGACUUCCUCAUCAACAUCCUGCAGAAAUUUUACAUCGGACCAGGGCAGAUCCAGGUUGGUGUGGUACAGUAUGGGGAAAAGGUGGUGACUGAGUUCCAGCUAAAUGAUUACCGCUCAGUGGAGGAAGUGGUGAAGGCGGCUCGACAAAUACAACAGAGAGGCGGAGAGGAGACCAACACUGCAUUAGGCAUCAAUGUGGCACGAUCUCAGGCCUUUAAACAGGGCGGAAGGAGAGGAGCCAAGAAGGUCAUGAUCGUCAUAACAGACGGAGAAUCACAUGACAGCCCCAACCUGAAGCAGGUCAUCGAGGACUGUGAGAAAGACGGCAUUGUUCGAUACGCCAUUGCUGUCCUUGGCUACUACAAUCGCAGAGGAAUUGACGCAAAGGCUUUUCUCAAAGAAAUCAAAGACAUUGCCACUGAUCCAGAUGAUAAGCAUUUCUUCAAUGUGACUGAUGAAGCUGCCUUGAAAGACAUUGUGGAUGCUUUGGGGGAGAGGAUAUUCAGUUUGGAAGGUACCAGUAAGAACGGGACAGCAUUUGGUCUCCAGAUGUCUCAGGCUGGUUUCUCCACACAUGUCGUUGAGGAUGGGAUUCUUGUUGGGGCGGUUGGGGCAUAUGAUUGGAAUGGAGCCGUGUUAAAGGAGACCCGGCAUGGUAAAGUGGUUCCACCCAAGUCCUCCUACGCACAGGAAUUCCCUGAAGAGCUGAAGAAUCAUGGAGCUUACUUGGGAUACACAGUGACCUCAGUGGUGUCAGCGAGAAGCGGGCAGCUGUAUGUGGCUGGAGCCCCGCGUUUUAACCACACGGGCAAAGUGAUCAUCUUCACCCUGAAGAACACAGGAGAGCUCACCAUCCUGCAUUCACUGAAGGGACAACAGAUCGGCUCGUACUACGGCAGUGAGAUUGCAGCGGUGGACAUCGAUGGAGACGGAGUCACUGAUAACCUGCUGGUUGCUGCACCAAUGUUCUUCAGUGGAGGCUGGGAAAGGGGCAAAGUGUACAUCUACCGCAUUACUGACCAGCCCCGUUUCAUCCUGGAGGGGGUGCUGGAGCUCAGUGAUCUGAGUGAGAACGCAAGGUUUGGAUCUGCCCUAGCACCAGUAUCUGACCUAAACGGGGACUCCUUUAAUGACCUGGUAGUGGGAGCUCCAUUAGAGGAUGAGCACCGAGGAGCUAUUUACAUCUAUAAUAGCCAGCGCAACAGGAUACUGAGGAAGUAUAAACAGAGAAUCAGUGCAGCGGAGCUUGCUCCUGGUUUGCAGUAUUUUGGCAGGAGUAUCCAUGGGAAGAUGGACAUGAAUGGUGACGGACUGGUGGAUCUGGCUGUUGGUUCUUUGGGUGCUGCUAUACUCCUCUGGUCUCGCAGUGUGAUCCGCAUCCAUGCCACUGUCCGAUUCGAACCCAGCAAAGUCAACAUCUUCAAUAAGGACUGUCGGCGUGGUGGAAAGGACGUGACGUGUAUGUCGGCUAUCGUGUGUCUGAAUGUCACUGCCAGGACUGUCGUCAAACCCACACAGGAAGUAGGUCUUUGGUACAAUACCUAUAUUGAGGAGAAGCGUUUUAACCCUCGUGCUGUGAUGGAUGAUUCAGACCGGCAACAGCCACAAAAUCUUACUAUGCUUCCUGGAGAGGAGAACUGUGAUCACAUCUACUUCCACGUAAUGGAAACAACAGACUAUGCCAGACCCAUCAUAUUCACAGUGGAAACAGGUCUACAGGAUCCAGAAAAUGGUCCCACACUAGAUGAUACCUGGCCAACUACAGUCAGAACCCAGCUUCCUUUUUGGAAUGGCUGUGAUGAGGAUGAUCACUGUGUUCCAGACCUGGUGAUACAAACACAGACUGACCUGAUCAGCCGCAAGCAGUUCUGUGGACAAGUGUUUCGAGUGGGCAGUGCGUUGUGCCUUAGCCAGUCUGAACCUGAAGAUACUGAGCGUGUCAUAGAGGCAUCUAGGAAGAAAAUGGUAGUGGAUGUUCGUUUGGAGAACCGAGGAGAAAAUGCUUAUGGAGCCCACAUCAACAUCUCAUACUCCAGAAACCUACAAUUCUCCAGUCUUAUAGUAAAGGAUAAUUCAGACAUACAAAUCGUCUGCCACAGUGGAGACAAGCAUAGAAAUGAGAAGUACUGCGAUGUCGGUGCUCCCUUUAUGAGAGCUAAGACACAGGUCACUUUCCGUUUGGAGUUUGAAUUUAUUAGCUCAGUGUUGCUGGACCAUGUUCGGGUCAUUCUGGCAACUGGAAGUGAUGGAGAAGAAGUAGCUUUACAAGACAACAUUAAGGACAUCUUCUACAUGCUGAGAUAUGAGGCUGACUUGCUCUUCACAAGAGAUUCCAAUCCAUCACACUGGGAGAUCAAAGCCAACCUUGCUCUGGAGAAGGCAGAAAACCUCCGUCCACCGUUCAACUUUACUUUCCAAAUCCAGAACCUGGGCUACUUCCCGAUAAGCAAUCUACAGCUCAACAUUAUGAUCCCAGAAGUGACGAAAAAUGGGAAUCGCUUCCUACAGAUCCAAUACUUUCACAUAGACCAGGUAGAUGGGACUCACUGCAUUCCCCCUCAACACAUAGCGCACAGUCGAGCAUCACCAGAGGACCUGAGUCGUGUCUCUCGCCUGAAUUAUACCAACUCUCUGGCUGUGCCGAUUCAAUGCAAUGUGAAUUUAAGCUCCUAUAGAGAAGUUGGCGUGAGAAUCAGUGGAUCUCUGCGUGUUGACUCUCUCCAUGAACUGAAGUUUAAAACACUGGAGCUGGUGACGACAGCCUCGGUGGAGCUGAGCCAGGCCAGUCCCAUGUUCCUUCAGGAGGAGAGGCCCAUCAGACAUAUUAUUCUGGAAGUGAGGAAGGAGGAAGAUUAUCGCGUUCCCAUCUGGAUUAUUAUUGGGAGUACACUAGGAGGACUAUUGCUACUCUCCCUCCUCAUUUUAGCUCUAUGGAAGCUGGGUUUUUUCCAGAGACAGAAACCCAGGGAGGAGGCAGAAAACGAGGCCAAUGGGAAAGUAGCAGAGGAGCGAUAACGCAAGCUGCCCACAGGGCUUAAUCUAGCCCAACUCUCAGGGAGCGUCCCACUACAACACUACACGUGUCUGGAUCGGAGUGGAGGAAGGGAAAGAAAAUGAGAUCGAGAGAGGAUAUAUAUAAAUGAGAGCGGUAGGUACGUAAAUAAUAAGAGGAAAAGAAAGUGAGCAAAGCGUCAAAGCAAGAAACAUGAGACUGGGGAAAAAGACAGAAAGAAAAUAAGGGAUUUGCUCAGUGCACUGGACAGCCUGUUGCUCAUUCUGUUAAAAAAAAAAAAAAAAAAACACUGCACCACCUUUCACCUGGCCUGCACUGCUUACUGAGCCCUUGCAUCAAAGACAAGCCUCUAUAACUGAUCACCAGUCGCAGUGGGAUUGCAUAUAAAGACUUCAAGAGAACGGCUUCUGAAAACAUGAACUUUUACAUGCGAACUGACUCAUCACAUCUGAUCUUAUGCCAAAUUAAUCUCCUUUUGCAAAGAUACAGUAUACAAGAGAAACCUCAAAGGGCUGUGACUGUCCACAGCAGCCAUGUUUCUUGGUGCUUUUUCUAAAAAAAAGAUAAAAAUAAAUAAAUAAAUAAAUAAAUAAAUAAAUCUUGGAAAAAAUAGAAAGUAGGGAAUUGAAGAGCAGAGGUCCGCACAAGAGCUGGCUAGCAUUUUGUAGUGAUGUUGACAGAUUUAAGAUGUAAUAUUAGGCACUGGUGUAAACUAGCUCCUUGUUUUAUUUUCAGUGGUUAUAAUUUAUUGGUAUGAAAAUGAAAAAAUGUGUUGGAUUUUUUUUUCACUAAUGUCCUCUUGUGGUAUUCUGAAACAAUAAUAGAUAAAUUUUUGCCCUAGCAGGGUUAUGUUUGUUAUUCAAGAAUGAUUCUCUACUCUUUGAGAGGAUGAUUUCCUAAUUUCCUUUUUAGAUCAAUCUUUGAUGCACUUUUGAUAUUGAUAUAAAAAUGAACUUGAAUUUUGUUAUGAAUAACUUUUUUAUAACCUAUUUCAGAAAUAGUGUAAUAUUGCUUCCAUAAGGACUGUGGCAUUACCUUGUAGCUCUAGUUUGGCUUUUAAGAUGAGCUGUAGUUUUUGUCUUCUGCUUACAGACCCAGCAUCUCAACAAAUAGCCUUUAAGAAAGGAUAGGCUUACUGAUCAGUAGUUUUUCCAACCAGGCCUAGUUUUUCUACCCGUGCUGUGGAUGUAAUUAAAUGUCCAGAACAUCGCAAAAUGUUCAGGUAUACUUACGAUUGUCAUUGUGUAUAGUGUCAAAACUGAAGCAUGUAUUAUAGUCAGAGAAAUUUAAGUGUACUAUCAUUUUUAUCUGUAUGUCAAAAAAAAUAGGAAAUGAGGGAGUAUUUGUACAAAAAGUAAUAAAGAAUAAAUACC